GCUGCGACGCCUCCUCGACCCGGAAGAAACACGUCACUCACUACAGCCCGGACUACCACAGGUCCGUGUUCCAGGUUCGAUUCCCCCGGUACCUCACCACCGCAGGUCCGUGUUCCAGGUUCGAUUCCCCCGGUACCUCACCACCGCAGGUCCGUGUUCCAGGUUCGAUUCCCCCGGUACCUCACCACCGCAGGUCCGUGUUCCAGGUUCGAUUCCCCCGGUACCUCACCACCGCAGGUCCGUGUUCCAGGUUCGAUUCCCCCGGUACCUCACCACCGCAGACGAUCAUGGCCGUUUGGAGGAUACUGUGGUGCAGGAACAUCAUGGCUGCAUCUCUGCUGCUCUGCGUUCUUCUCCACGCCAUGGACGUGCACGCUCGACCAGCCAACAUGUCGGCCCUGAGAGAAAAGUCUGCGUCCAACAAGGACGAGAACGAGAUCCUUCCCCCGGACCACCUGAACGGGGUGAAGCUGGAGCUGGACGGCCACAUCAACAAGGACUUCCAUCAGGAGGUGUUCCUGGGGAAAGACCUGGAGGAGUUCGACGAGGACUCCGAGCCGAGGAGGAACAGGAAGAAGCUGAUUGAGAUCUUCACCAAAGUUGAUUUCAACUUGGAUAAAAGUGUCAGCGCCAAGGAGAUGCAGCGCUGGAUCAUGGAGAAGACGGCGGAGCACUUCCAGGAGGCCACCAAGGAGAACAAGAACCAUUUCCAUGCUGUCGACCCGGACGGAGACGGUCGCGUGACGUGGGAUGAAUACAGAAUCAAAUUUCUGGCCAGCAAAGGAUUCAAUGAAAAAGAUAUUGCUGAGAAGAUAAAGAAUAAUGAAGAUUUGAAACUGGAUGAGGAAACUCAGGAGGUUCUGGAGAGCCUGAAGGAUCGCUGGUUCCAGGCCGACAGCCCCCCCGCCGACCAGCUGCUGAACGAGCAGGAGUUCCUGUCCUUCCUCCACCCGGAGCACAGCAGAGGAAUGCUGCAGUACAUGGUGAAGGAGAUCGUCCGGGACCUAGACCAGGACGGUGAUAAGAAGCUGACCCUGUCGGAGUUCAUCUCUCUGCCCGUGGGCACCGUGGAGAACCAGCAGGCCCAGGACAUCGACGACGACUGGGUCCGAGAGAGGAAGAAGGAGUUCGAGGACGUCAUCGACUCGAACCACGAUGGCAUCGUCACCAUGGCUGAACUGGAGGAGUACAUGGACCCGAUGAACGAGCACAACGCUCUGAACGAGGCCAAGCAGAUGAUCGCCGUCGCAGAUGAGAAUCAGAAUCAUAACUUGGAGCUGGACGAGAUCCUCAAGUACAGCGAGUACUUCACGGGCAGCAAGCUCAUGGAUUACGCCCGAAAUGUUCACGAGGAAUUCUGAGGACCCGUCCGUCCUCCGCCUGCUCGGCGAGGCCGGGCGGCGUCCUCCAUCUGCUUCAGGGACAGGCCAGUGACAGGGGCAACCUCACCAUAGGAUGUUGUAGUGUGCAAUUGUGUGUUUAACGCCGAGCCUCCACGGCCUCUUUCACUGCUGACUCCAGUUAGUUCUUCACCCGGCGCUGUCGGCCAAUCAGCAGCGAGGACACGGUCGUCCUGCUGUGAGCCGCACGGCAGCAACUCCAAAUCAAUUUGUGUUUUAGGGUCAAAUGUGUGUAUAUGAGGGAUAUUAGAUUUUCUUCUCCGUGGUGCAGUGGUGAGAGAGUCAGUUCAGCCGGGCGAGUUGUGUGUGUGUGUGUGUGUGUGUGUGAGAGAUGCAGGAUCUGUUGUUUGUUCGCUGGCGUGUCUGUAAACAUUGUAAAUAUUCAUGGUCACCUACCAAUGCAAAAGGUUGGAAGAAGUAAAUAUGAAGCAGCUGAGAGGAACAACCCUGCUAGAGAAACCAUAUAAUUAUACAGAGUUUAUUUCUCUCACACAGACUUUACACUGUCACUUAUUCAAGAGGGG